AUGGGACGAGUGGAUGGCAAUUCCGAGCUCUACGAUAUCCUUUCAAAUUUUAUGACCCAGGACAAGUCCUUCCUGUUCUUCCGAAAUUUCUCGAGGUUGAAUAUCAAGAAUCUGCUCUGGAUGCAAGAUGGGCUUAUCGAACUCGAGAAGGAACUUAUCCAGGCUAAAUCAACGGACAAUGCACAGCAUGAAGGCUCCCAGGAUGAUAUUAUCCGACUAAGAAAAUUGAUCGCUGAAAACAUCGCCCUUGUACAACUUUCACAGCUUUCAGAGCUCAAAAAGCCUGAGCUAGAUUCAGUAUCACAAUUGCGCCGUUGGAUAGAGGAUAUAGCAAGGAUAGGGCAUCCCGGUUUGAGAUUUCUUGAUGGUAUAGACACACCAGAAUCCGAUCAUGUUUUAAUAGCGCGCAGCGAGGAACCAAGGACCGGGAUGUAUAAAUUCAUUGAGGGACUGACAUGGAGGCUCUUCUCAACAUCUGCAGCUGGUGGCAGGAAAGUCCGGCUUCCUAAAGGGGGAUCACUCUAUAUAUUUGACAAUAGCAUGGUUCGGAGGGCGCUUCGGGCUGCCGUUACGAUGCUCAUAUGGAAAGUAGUCUACCAUAGCAACGUUUUUGAAUCUGGGUAUCAUGCCUGA